AUUUGGUACCAUGAAUUGUGUGAAAUCUGUUAAGAAAGGACUCCAGACUCGAUUGCACGUCUGCACGCAUCCUCGGCUGUCAGCUCUCUUGUCAAUGCACCCCCUGCAUUGAUCAUCCAGGCUACAGACGCAUCGGCCCACAAGCCCACACGCCUCUAACAACGUCCCCCCAUUUUAUCAGCCUUCUUGAGCAGUAUUUCUAUUGAUAUGCCAAUCGAGUAUCUCGAACUAUGGCUGCAGCCCGACGAGGUCAAGGGCCAUUGAACCUCGACCUAUUGAAUGGCACGACUCCAGAGCUCCCGCCCUUAGCUGCCCUUUUCCUCAUCUACUUCGAUAUCAAGGCCGGAUAUACAAUUGGUUGGAAGCGGUCAUUACCGGGCAUUGAGCUCGAGGGAGUGGUGGAAUAUAAGAGUCUGCCAUCAGGAUUACAUACAGUGAAGGAAGAUCUCAUAUACUUCGUCCACGAGAAUCAUGCUGGACUCAGUGCAUUUGUCAAUGCGCCCGCAGCAGUGGAGUCGAGGAAUGCCCGGAUGAUAGCUGUAGGUGUCAUGGUGCCUCUGAGCUAUGGCCGACUUGGGAGAAGUUGGAAGCAUGCUGAGAAGCUGAAAGAAAUGGCAAGUGAACUGAUCAUUGACACUUCCGAGACGAAAGUUCUCGAGGAAUAUUGGGAAGAGCACAAAGCACAAGGGCCAGCACCUCCUGCAGAUUCAGAUUCGUUGUUGGACUCGCCCUCGAGCAUCAGGUUCAAGCCUAUAAGGACGACCCCCUCUAAGCUUAAAGGACAUACGAGAAAUCGCUCAGCGUCGGAUGGUACCGCAUUACUUCCCCCAGGGCACACAUUGUCUACCUAUCACCCAGCACGGAGCUUACUACGACUCCUUGAGACCUUUGGCCCUCUCAUAUUUCCUAUACACAGAGCCGCCUUGUUACGGAAAAGAAUACUCAUCACCGCACAUGCUCCUGUCCAAGAAAUAUGUAAUUUUGUCUACGACAUAUCAGUGCUCUCCAAUAUCCCCCUCGCCGUGACAGACCUCCUAGCCGCCAAUGCCCCACCUACUCGUCUCCGGCCCCUAUUCGCAAUCGGAGUGCAUGACAUUCCCCUCCUAGAAGCCGACCUCCUCGCCUCUGAACAACCACCUGUGAGCUCUCCAGGCUCAACACAAACGGAGAGUGAAGAUUCAGGUCAAGGCUGGAUAGCAUGUACGACAGACAGUAUCUUAGCCAUGAAAAAUACCCUAUACGAUGUCCUUAUUACAAUGCCACCUCCGUACUCCGAAGACGCUACGCAGAAAGUCUGGCCAAAAGUAGAGUCAUCGAAAGGGGUUGAGCUGAAAGCUACACAAAGAGACCUGAGGCGAUAUAAGACAUUGAGGUGGGGAUUAGCUCGCUCUUCAUCACCAAGUAGUCAAAACGACGAUGAAGAACCUGUCCGAGCUAGCUCGAGCAGUGCCUCCGUGCCAAGAGAAGAUCUCCUCGAUCUCCCGGACACAGACCAUAUCGUAGAACCCCUCUCCUGGUCCGCACUUGCAUACUCGGGAUUCAUGUGGUGGGCAUCAGCAGGCGAACAACGUCUUCACUACGAAGAAGAAACCGAAGCAGACUCCCAGCUACUGUCUGGCCUUUCUUUAUCCCCAUCCUCACCAAUAACUCCUCGUUCACAAAGCUCACCUUCCCUGAAAAAAUCAAAGCUCAAUGGACCACCAACAGAAGCAGAAGCACAGCAGGAAAUGGCAUUAAUAGCUUAUUUCCACCGACUUACUACUCAGGUUCUCUCUACAUUAUCGGACAUUGUUGAUGCCACAGACUCAGAUGAUGAGAGAGAAGCUGAUCAUUCUCCUCUCCACCCAACUUCUCAUUCCUUAGAAGAUUGCGGAGUAGAAGAAGAGGAUACAGGACCAGCAAUGUACGUCGCGAGUCAAGACAUCGUGAGAAUGGGACUCGACGAAUGGAGCAUAGCGGACCACGAAUUCGUGGAAGAAGUAUCCAAGGCGUAUUUCGGGCGGAGAGCGAAGGUAGAAGGAAGGAAUGUCAAUGUUUGCGGGAUCAGGAUUUGUUGAUGCUUCUUCCGUGCUCUUUCUUGUACACCGUUGGUUUGGGAGCACGGAGUUGAGGCUUUUGUGUAAUUUCUUGUACGAACGAGUCUAGUAUUCCUACACAAAAGCUGUGGUUCAAGGAGAAUGAAUUGA